GACGCAAAAAAAAAGUUGUGUCUCAAAAAACAAAACAAAAAAAGAGUCGUCCCAUCGAUUUUUCCCCUUCUCUCCGCCGGCGACGGUCCUCCCGGCCGGAUCCAGCGCAGCCACCCUCCCCCCUCGGAUCCAGCGACGCCGCCUGGCCUCCCCCCGGUCCCGCCACCGCAAGACUUCUCUCGGUCCAGCGACCUUGAGCACAGCGAUGCGGGGAGUCGGAGGCCCACUGCUCACUGUCAGCGAUCUCUUGAGCGACCUCGCCGUCGAAGGAGGCGACGACCACCUCGACGGCGGAGGCGACGCCUCUGUGCCCUCCUCCCCCUUGGCAGCGCAUCAGGUGGAGGAAGCUGACCCCUCCGAGCUCCAGCGGCUCUUCGCGGAAGACUAUGACAAUUUGAUGAAGUCGCUACAGGAGAAUGACCCUUCGUGGCCUUCCCUGAUGCUGAAGUUGUGCAGGGCGUUGAAGACUUCAGAUAAGCUGCUGAGCUGCGCAAAUGUGAAAGCAGAGCAGCUGCUGGAGAAGGUGGAGAAACUGGAGCAUGUCUUAGAGAGGGGAGAUCGUGCAGUGGGAUCAAUUAUAGAGGUUCUUCAGAGCAUGCAGCUCACCGAGAAUCAUCAGACCUCCAAAUCGAACCCACCUAGCAAGUAGUGAGCUGUGGUUGCGUAGGUGUUGUGUUUGAUUAUCCAAAUCAGGAGUCAUCCUUUUCCUGCUAGUAUUCCGGCACAAGUCCAUUUACUAGUUCCUUGUAAUAUGCUUCCUGAAUUGAACGAACUGAAAUGCUAUAUGCUUCCAGGGUCCAUUUCUGUAGAAGCCUGAGAAGUGUUGUGGCAAUUCGUUGGAUAAUGAGGAGUACUAAACACGUGCAUGUUUUCUAAA